AUUUUUUAAUACAACGAAUUUAGUAUUCAGUUAUGGAAGAUUCUCAGUAGUAUUCAGUUAUAGUCUACAGUUUAAAUUUGGCGGGACUUCUCCUGGCAAGGCUAUAAUCUUGUUAUCAACGGUGCUUCAGGUUAUCACUGUGUCGGCUUAAGUUUAAGGGCAAGUUCAAACUUGCCCAAUCCUUGAUUCCUUUUAAGGUAUGCAAUUAACAAUUUGUGUUUUCAACACAAAUCAAUGUGAUUCUACCAACCAGCUGCUGAGCUGGUACUUCAAGCAAUAUAUGAAUUUUCUUUUUGAUUUCAAAUCAUUAUAUUUUUAAAACCUAUAUGUCAACUAUUUUGGGAUGGCUUCUCAAACACCUAGUUGUAGAAAACAGUGGAGCUUAUCCAGGGGUCCUAAAGGGAAUGUAGAAAGUUUAGUUUGGGCUGAAUGCGGGUGCCCUGAACAGCAAGUUAAUUUAGCCAAACAACUUCUGGAAGACAAUGGAGAAGAGGGGGUUGAUAAAGAAGAAAGGGCACGACUUGGUGUUUAUUGGCUCACCAAAGCAUCCGAGAAGGGCCAUGAAGAAGCAACUCGAAUGCUUCAGGAUUGUAUCGAAAAUGGAAUAGGAAUAACGGAACACAAUUUAAGUGAUGUUAAAGUCUGUUUGGAUAUGUCCCAAGGAGAAAAAUUAUCUCGAGAAGCUGCCAAAGAAUUAUUUCUGAACCUCUCUCAGGGAGAAAAUUUUAUAACUGCAUUCCAACUGCACAAGGAAAUAACCAAGCAUUCUCUUGAAAAUUCGGAUAUUGAAGAAGGUACCAUACCAAAGUGGGACAUUUUGGCAGAGGGCAGUGGAGAAAAGGUAACUGAAGAAAUGUUGGUAGCUGCCGCAAGCCACCAUUCAAGGGGUCAGCUCCCCUUAGUUUUGAAAAAGCGAUCUAUGCUCAGAUCAUCAAGAGUCUCUGCCCUAGUGACAACAAUCAGCGAGACAUCUGUUCUACCCCAUCCUUUAAUAAUUGUGACUUUGUUCCUUUUAUUAGGUUUAGAUAUUUUCAUCAGUGCUGUACCUUUAUUUAUUUAUUAUGGAAGCUUGAUCGUUAUGGUCAUUUCUUCUUGUCAAGUGAUUUCCAAGAAAUGGGAUUUUGCCAAUUUUCAGAGGUGGUCUAACCUGCUUGUGACUUAUGGCUGUGACGAACAAAUAUCAUUGGAAGCUCAAUGGUCUCAUUGUCUUCAUAAUAGUCAACCUUGUUUUAUAUUCUUACUGUCUCUUAUUACUCACUUGCUCCUUGUAUCUUAUGUACCUGAUCCUCCCAUGUCAGAAAUUGCUGUCUUAUCAACUUUUAUGUCUCUGUUCUGCCUCUACAAUUUAGCUCAUUACAAGAAAAAGAUUGAUGUUCUGGCCAUUCUGACCUUUGUUGUACACCUCUUAGCAAGAUAUCCGUAUGAUAAGGACACUCUGGUAUCUCAAUAUUGGCGUUAUCUUGAUGUCCAUGUUCCUACAUUUACUUCAUAUGUGCUAGGAAGUAGUGUUGAGUUUUGUCUCAACUUCCAUGUUUUAUUUUACUUGAUGCUUCCUGGAUUGUUUCUUGGAAUAGCAAUCAGAGAUCAUUGGCUUGGGAUAUGCAAAACUCUUCUGCCUCUUUUGGUCUGUUUAUCUUGGUGGCAGUUGGCUGUCAUCGCUUCCAGAGGUGCUACUUAUUUUGGUCUCAUACGAGCCUGCCUGGGUGUGGUAUGCAUAAUUAUUUUUGUGCCGAUGAUGAGCUUUACCCUCCUCUUCAUACCACUGGCAAUGUUUUCUAAGCUCUUCAUAACAGAAACUAUUUCCACUCCAGUUGCUGUUGGUGGAAUAAUUUUAUCUUCAUUAUUGUACCUCGGCAGCAAAAGGAAGAGAUGGGGAAAACUGUUCUAUUAUUUAAUGGUGCUACUGAGUGUGGCAAGCGUCUUCCUUAAUGUGAACUAUGAGACUGAAAAAAUGCAACAUGAAGGGUUGCAAUUGAAGGAGUAUGAAAAUAUUUGUAAAGGAAAAGACAUUCAGAGCAUUGAAGCAUGUUUGUCAUUAUCUGGAUUAUAUGUCACCUGGGAGGCUAAGAUCUUAUCUUCUAAAAUAGCUUCUGUUCACAAUGCGGUUUCGCCUUUUGUCCAUCGUUUACCUGAGAAUGUUCAGGAAACAGUAAAAUGUUUGAUAGGAGAGAAAUUCCAAGACUGUAAUGAAGAAGAUUGUGAUAUUUCACAUGCAUUGUCAUCUAGAUGCCAUCUUUCUAAUUGGAACAGGUAUGAAUAUAUCUUUGAAGUUGAACUCACUUCUAACAGUUGGGUUGAAGAAAGCACCAUUGGAUUGCUGAUGGGAGGUAAUGAUUUUCGAAAUCAUUCACAGCUUUUAAAGCAAGGAGAGAUAGUAUGGUUCUCUGGUUACUUAACUAGCAACUUCAAAAAUCCUCGGCAACCGCAAAUUCGCCUAAAAAGUCUCAAUUGCCUUUCUUGUUUUCAAGGCAGUAGUUCAACUUCGGAAAUUGAAAAUAAUUUUACAUCAGUAUUAUUCAGACCUUUUUUCGAUUUCCUUUUUUAUCCGUUUGUUGUUUUUAAGUGACAACAUAGGUAAUCAAUUCUUAUUGUAUAGUAUGAUAAUCUCUUUUCUUACCCUAAGAUUCAAAUCAAACUCACAGAAGAUAAACAUUAUCUAAUUUUAAAUAGAUUUUAUUUUGUAUUCCAGUAUUGUUGUCAUAAAUGUGGCUGAUGUUAAAAUUAUGUAAUGAAAUUAUUGAUUGUUACCAUUUGUUCUAAAUUCUGUUCAAAUAAGAUUUAAAAAAGGAUGUAUGUGAUUGUAUUAAUGUUGGCUUUAUAAAGACCAAUUAUUGAUUGUUGAAGUGGCAGUCAAUCCCAGUUUUUAUUAUUAAGAUAAUUUUUUUAUAUUUUUAUUUCUCUUAUUUAUUAUUUUUUUACUGACCUUAUGUAAUAGUGUUUUUAUAUGAUAUUGUGCGUGGCUUAUUAACCAUUUGAAGUUACUGAGUUCUAUAUCUUAAGUCUUCAUUUUCUUAUAAGACUUCCUCAAUUCUUGCAUUUGAUAUAUAAUAUUUUGUCAUAUUUUAAAAAUAUUAACAUCAAAGGCGGUCACUUUUUAUGACAAUAGAAGUGAUGUGCUAGUACAUUACAUGGUUCAGUUGAACCUUUUUUUAUUUAACACCAGUUAUGCAACUUUUUAAUGUUUUGAGCCUCUCUUGCAUUUUGAUGUUUCAUAAUUAUCACAAUUGUUUGCUGUCAAUGAGAAUGAAAUAAAUUGAUUGAUCUGUUAUUAUCUAUCAAUAAAAACACAAAAUGUAACAUAUAAAACUGAAAGUUCUCUUUUUGUUUAUGCUGGAUAAAAUAUGUAUAUAAUUCAAUGCACUGUUAGUGAUCGAGGUUAAAUUUCAGUAAUCUACCCAUUGCAGCCUCUCGUAUUAUAUGCCAACCUUGAAAGACUGUUGUUUUCAGAACCUAUGGCCAAAAACAAAAACAAUCAUUAGCAAGACUCUUAAGCUUAUGCGUAGACUUUCCAUUAUGAUUGGAGGUCGAGUAUGAAUUUAAAAAAAAAAUUCUCAGUUUACAUUAUGUAUACAAAUCAUGAUUGAUAAUCAACAUUUUUUUUUUGUCUUACGCCUCUUGACUUCUGUCCUGAGUCUUCUAGCAGCUUUGGGGCUGUUAUAGGUGGUAGCACGUGGUUUACAAUAAUCAGACGGGUUCACAAAUCACUCCCUCUUCAUCAGGCACUUUCCUGAAGGAUGGUUGGCAACCUUUUGUGGAAAUCUCCCAACCUGGUGGACCAGGAGCUAUAAUCUAAGACACAGGAGUCGUUCACAUACCUGUGAAUCUGAGAGAUGGGGACGUUACCGUCCAUCCCCGCCAUUCCGGGAUCGAAUCCUCGCCAUAGUCGUCUAAGCAAUCGAGUAGAUACUCCACUUAUUUAUUUAUUUAUUUUUUGUUAUUAAAUUCCACGAACGGGAUUUGAACUCAUUACAUAAAAUUUCUUAGAUGCUUUAACUCGCUCGACCACUGUAGCCCCAAUAAUCGUAUAUUAUAACAUAUAAAUAAUCAACAUAAUUAUUGUGAAACAAACUAUAUAAUACUGUACAUAAAAAUAAAUUUACAUGUGUUUCUAUUUUAUUUAUUUUUUGCUUAUUGAUAUAUUUGAAAAUAUGUUAGUAAAGCAAUUGACAUAAUUUUAUUUAAUGGUUUUUGACAGUGAUAUGAACUCUCAAUUCUCCAAUGCUUCAAAUUUACUGAAAAAAAUGUAAUAAAAUCUUCACAUAAAAAGAACCAAAAUUUCAAUAAUAUGAUCAUAGGGCGUGGUUUAGUAAUUGCAUAUGUACUUCUAGGCCUUAGCUUAGGCAUCUAGUCGACUUUUCCUUUUUUCUAAAUUGAUUUUGAUUUUAUUUUCGUUCUUCAAAAUAUUGGAGGGAGCAGGCGAAACAAUAUUUUUGCCUCUUCUCUAUGUUUAUUGGGAAAAAUAAACUUCCCCUUCCCGAAGACUGGGCCAGAAUCAUAAAAUGGAAAAUUACGAAAAACAAAAUUGUUUUGCAACUUGUUAAAUACAUGUUCAGAAAUAAUUGUGAAAUGAAUAACAAUAUAAAUAAUUAUAGAACAUUUGACUAUACUAAUGCACUUCAACUUCAAUUCGCACAAACAUGGCGGGUUAGUUGGUUGACCAGGCCUUUUCUAGAAAAUCAAAUUCUAAAUGGCAUUCGAUAUAAUUAAUCUCAAGGAUUCUUAUUCUUCUGUGUGAACUUAUGUUAUUUCUGUAUCACGUCUACUGUCUCUUCAGAAGUUAUAUUUGCAAGUUUUUAUCUUUUCAAUUCAAAAGAUUUCUUCGAAAAUUCUCUAAUCUCCGCUUGAAUAGUGGUUCUACAAAUUCUAUGUAAUCAUAAGUGCAAUGUUGUUUUGUUUUUUUAUUUUAAUAGGAAAAAUUAUAAAACUUCAUUAGUAAAGUAGAAUUUUUAAUCUGAAAGAUAUUUUCAAUCUUUUUUUUUUUUUGUAAAAUAUAUAAACAAUGUUGUAGUAUAGUUAAAAUUUAUGUUCCUUUCAAAAUUAUCCCGAAAGAAUGUUAGACUUCAUCAAUGUUUUAUCUUUUGAUCAAUAUUUACUAAUUGUGUUUACUUUAGGAUUUUCUACAAUUACGUUUAAAAAAAAGUUAAUUAUCGCUUUAUUAGCUUAUCAAAUUAUUACAAAAAAUGAAACUUAAGAGGUGCAUUUAAACCUUCGAAUAAAAAUACUAAGUUUAAAUAGUAUUUAUCUUGGAUGGAUUAUUCUUCUGCAUUUAUUAUAUGAUAUUAUUCCAUUCAAUAUUCCUAAAAAUAUUUUUCAAUUGUAAGUAAAAUCAAAAUGCUUAAAUUAAAUGUGGGCCAAUUAGUUUACCUCACAUAUAUUUUGUAAUAAAUAGCGGUACUUUUUUAGUAGUCUAUUUAAUCAGGGAUUUUUUGUUACUUUUCAAUUAACUAACAAGAAAUUAGUUAAAAUAGUUAUUCAUCUGCUGCAGUAAUGUUAGGUUGAAGUAAAUAAGAAGUACAUAUUCUAGUUAUCCUAACCCACUUUUAUAUAUAGGAUAUUUAAUCAAAAUAAAUACAAUCCAAAUGAUUUGGGGAAUAAAAUUUCCAAUGGCAUUAAACUGGAUUGGUUCCAAGCAUUAUAGUUGUGCAUUAGGUUUUCAUUUGAACGUAACUUCACUUAUCUGCACAUUCUAAACAGAGUUUGAAAUUAAAUAUAUUUUAUUUUUCUUGAGUUAUCAAUAAAAACUGAUAUUUUUUUAUUUAUUUAUGGUUUUGUUCCUGCAGAGGUCAAUGAUUUGAAUUUAGUUAGGUACUUGUGAGCUGACUAUAAAUUAAAAAAAGCUUAAUUUUAAGUUAAAAUACUAAGAUUAAAUGUUUUUAACUAAUCUAAACAAAGAUAUUGGUUGUUCCUACUCAUGUUUGAAGUUUUUUCAUUAUACUAUGUAGAACUAAAUUUGAUCGAGGUUGAUUUGUCUUAAUUUUAUAAAAUACUAAAUAAAAUCAGUUUGACACUUGCCUUUAAAUAAAUGUAUGAAUUAACUAUGGUCAAACAUGAGCAAAUUUAUUUUGAAUUUUAUAAAAAAAUGUUUAAAUAGUAAAGAUUUAUUAAUUUAAUUCUUUUUGAAUAUGACUAUUCCUUGCCUCAAAGGUGUCUCAAAAUGUGAAUGUAACUAAAAACACAUGUCACACAAACAGGGAUUUCUAAUAAUAAUAAAAAAAAUCUAAAUGUUUUUCUGGGAAAGGCAGGUGAAGUCUCUAUUUUAAUUACAGAUGAAAACAUCAUUCAUUAUUUGUUAAGGAGUAAAGUUUCAUUCAAAUAAUGCCCAAGUCUGAUUAUGACACCUACUGCUAUUGUGGUGACUAUAACUUAAAAAAAAAGUAAUUAUAUUUCAGAUAAUAAUUUAUUUUUAUUAUACCUAAAUAUAUGUAUAGGAUGUUAUUAAUAUAUUUCUAAUUAAAAAUUUAAGUUGAUCUUAUUUUUGUGCUUUAAAUAAUUUCAUAAGACUGUUAAGAUUAUUGGUUAAGGGAAUUGUUUAACACCUUAACUACUAAAUGAAAUUAUUAAAUUUUAAUUAAUUAACGUUGUGUAUUAAUUAUUUGUGCCUUGAAAUCUGCACCUAUGGUUACCAAUGAAAUCAAGAAAAAUAAAAUAUAAACAUAUUGUUAUUCUUUAGGAAUAAAAAUUGUAUUUACUUGUUAGCUCUAUAGUUUUAGACUUCUCUUAUAUGUGUAAAAAAGAAAAAAAAACUACAAAUUGUAUUUCUGAUUAAUAUAAUACUUUACUGCUAAAUAUUUAAUUUUAAUUUUCCCCAAAUAAUUGAUUUCUUUCAUGUCAAGUCCUGGAAAAUUAUCCUAAAAAAUAUUAUAGUUUGACUCUUGUUACUUCAAUGUGUCUUGAAUGUUUGUUUUUUUAAUAAAAAAUAUAUUUAAUGUAAUAUAA